AUGGAGCUCUCCCUCAUCCGUCACCUCACUCUACCCCUGUUGCUCCUGGCAGGUCUCUGUUCCUCCUUCAACUUGGAUGAUGGUCAUCCUCGUCUGUUUCAAGGGCCACCUGAGGCCGAGUUUGGAUACAGCAUCUUGCAGCAUGUGGGGGGAGGACGUCGAUGGAUGUUGGUGGGUGCUCCUUGGGAUGGACCUUUAGGGGACAGGAGGGGGGAUGUGUAUCUCUGUCCCGUGGAGGAGCAGCCUAAUGCCUCAUGUGCCAAGGGCCACCUGGGUGACUAUCCACUGGGAAACUCAUCGAGUCCGGCUGUGAACAUGCACCUUGGCAUGUCAUUGCUGAAAACUGAUGUGGAUGGGGGAUUCAUGGCCUGCGCCCCACUGUGGUCUCGUGCCUGUGGUACCUCCGUGUACAGCUCUGGGAUCUGCGCCCAAGUGGAUGCCUCAUUCCGGCCCUGGGGGAGUUUAGCACCCACUGCACAGCGCUGCCCUACCUACAUGGAUGUGGUCAUUGUCCUGGAUGGCUCCAACAGCAUCUACCCCUGGGCUGAGGUUCGGACUUUCCUUCGGAGACUGGUGGGGAGGCUGUUCAUUGACCCUGAACAGAUACAGGUUGGGCUGGUUCAGUAUGGUGAGACUGCUGUACAUGAAUGGUCACUGGGAGAUUUCCGGACCAAGGAAGAGGUCGUGAGAGCUGCGAGGAACCUGAGCCGAAGAGAAGGGCGAGAAACCCACACAGCGCAGGCAAUAAUGGUGGCUUGCACAGAAGGAUUCAGUCCCUCUCGAGGGGGCCGGCCAGAGGCUGCCCGGUUGCUAGUUGUUGUCACAGAUGGGGAAUCACAUGAUGGGGAGGAGCUCCCAGCAGCACUCAAGGCCUGUGAGGCUGGCAGUGUGACCCGAUAUGGGAUUGCUGUCCUGGGUCACUACAUCCGAAGGCAGCGUGAUCCUAGCUCCUUCCUUCGGGAAAUCAGGACCAUUGCUAGUGAUCCGGAUGAGAGAUUCUUCUUCAACGUCACAGAUGAGGCCGCACUGACUGACAUCGUGGAUGCCCUAGGGGACCGCAUCUUUGGACUGGAGGGUUCCCACGGGGAGAAUGAAAGCUCCUUCGGACUCGAGAUGUCUCAGAUCGGCUUCUCUACUCACCAGCUAAAGGAUGGGAUCCUCUUUGGAAUGGUGGGGGCCUAUGACUGGGGGGGCUCAGUGCUAUGGCUAAAGGAGGGCCACCGCCUCUUUCCCCCUCGGACAGCCCUGGAGGAUGAAUUCCCUUCUGCUUUACAGAACCAUGCUGCCUACCUGGGUUACUCAGUUUCCUCCUUGAUCCUCUUGGGUGGACGACGGCUGUUUCUCUCUGGAGCUCCUCGGUUUAAGCAUCGUGGAAAGGUCAUCGCUUUCCAGCUUAGGAAAGAUGGGACUAUGAAUGUUGCCCAGAGCCUCCAGGGGGAGCAGAUUGGCUCCUACUUUGGCAGUGAACUCUGCCCCGUGGACACUGAUGGUGAUGGGGUGACUGAUGUUCUGCUUGUGGCUGCCCCUAUGUACCUGGGACCCCAGUACCGGGAGACAGGACGAGUGUACGUCUACCUAGUGGGCCAGCCCCUGCUGCUCCUCUGGAGAACGCUGCAGCCGGACCCUCCCCAGGAUUCCCGGUUUGGCUUUGCGAUGGGUGCCCUGCCGGACCUCAACCAGGAUGGCUUUGCAGAUGUGGCUGUGGGAGCACCCCUUGAAGACGGACACAGAGGAGCACUCUACCUCUACCAUGGGACUGAGGGUGGCAUUCGAGCCCACCCUGCGCAGCGAAUCUCAGCUGCCUCCAUGCCUCAGCCACUCAGCUACUUUGGCCGAAGUGUAGAUGGACGACUGGACCUUGAUGGGGAUGAGCUAGUGGAUAUUGCCGUGGGGGCCCAGGGGGCAGCUGUACUUCUCAGCUCGCGCCCCAUUGUCCAACUGGCCCCAUCGCUAACUGUGACUCCGCCGUCAGUCAGUGUAGUCCGGCGGGAUUGUCAGCGACAUGGCCAGGACGCCGCCUGUUUGACUGCUGACCUCUGCUUCCAAGUAACCUCCCGAACUCCAGGGCGCUGGAAUCGCCGCUUCUACGUCCGGUUCACUGCCUCUCUGGAUGAGUGGACAGCCGGGGCCCGGGCAGCAUUUGAUGGCUUUGGCCAGAGGCUGCCCACCCGGCGGCUGAGGGUCAGCGUAGGGAACGUCACCUGUCAGCAGCUGCAUUUCCAUGUGCUCGAUGCAUCUGACUACCUCCGGCCAGUGGCCCUAGCUGUGACCUUUGUGCUGGACAACACCACAAAGCCAAGACCAGUGCUAGAUGAAGACUCACCCACUUCCCUUCGAAAGUUGGUACCUUUCUCAAAGGACUGUGGGCCCGAUAAUGAGUGCGAUACAGACCUGGUACUGAGGGUAGACAUGGACAUCCGAGGCUCCAGGAAAAAGCCAUUUGUGGUUCGAGGUGGGCGGCAGAAGGUGCUCGUGUCAGCUACUCUUGAGAACAGAAAGGAGAAUGCCUACAGUACUAACCUGAGCCUCAGUUUCUCCAAAAGCCUCCACCUGGCUAGCCUCAUGCCUCAGAAGGACAACACGGUCAAGGUGGAGUGUGCCUCCACUUCUGCACACGCCCAGCUCUGUAGUAUAGGGCACCCCGUUUUCCAGACCGGGGCCAAGGUGACCUUCCUCAUGGAGUUUGAAUUCAGCUGCUCUUCUAUCCUGAGUCAAGCCCUUGUGAGGCUGGCUGCUACCAGCAACAGCCUGGAGUCCAAUGAGACGUUGCAUGAUAACACAGCCCAGGCCUCUGCCUAUGUCCGGUAUGAGCCUGAGCUCCUGGUCUCCAGUGAGUCCACUCUGCACCGAUAUGAGGUUCACCCAUAUGGGGCCCUCCCUGAGAGUCCUGGCCCUGAGUUCAAAACCACUCUAAGGGUACAGAACCUUGGUUGCUAUUCCAUCACUGGCCUCUUGAUUUCUGCCUUCUUUCCAGCUGUGGCCCUUGGGGGCAAUUACUUCCUGUCUCUGUCCCAGAUCAUCACUGACAAUGCCAGCUGCAUGGUGCAGAACCUGACCGAGCCCUCCAUGGCUCCUGUGCAUUCUGAGGACCUGCGGUACAUCAGCCGCCUGAACGGCAGUAACACCUGGUGCCAAGUGGUGCGAUGCCACCUUGGACGCCUGCCACGGGGGUCCCAGAUCUCUGUGCAGUUCCUGAGGCUCAUCCACGAUGAAUUCUUCCGAAGGGCCAAGUUCAAAUUUGUGACUGUGGUCAGCACCUUUAAACUGGAGGUUGAGGAGGGCAGUGUCCUGCAGUUGACAGAGGCCACCCAGUGGAGCGAGAGCCUCCUGGAGGUCCUCCAAGCCCGCCAUGUUCCUGUCUCACUGUGGAUCCUGGUUGGCAGUGUCCUAGGAGGGCUGUUAUUAUUGGCCCUCAUUGUUUUCUGCCUUUGGAAGCUUGGAUUCUUUGCCCGAAAGAAAGCACCUGAAGAAGAUGGAGAUGACAAAGUGGAUCAGGGAAGCUAGAAGAAGACCCCAUGAAUGCCUCUUCAGCAGUGCUCCCUAGAGACUUGAAGGGGAGCCCAGGUGGGACAAAAGGAGUCCCUGGCCCUCCCCUCCAAACUCUGCAGCCCUGUCUGACUUCUGUGUCCUAGGGAUACUUCUAUCAAGCAGUGAGGCCCAGCCUCAGCCAAGACUAAUUGGCACCACAGUCCUCCUACCCAGCCUGCCUUGUGCCCCGCCUCUCUCUGGUGAUCCUGCUCCUGGAGCCCACACCAUGGCUUUUGUUUGGCAGCCUUUUCUCCACCAUUCCCAGGGGGCCAGGGUUCCCUGGAGUCAAAAGACUUGUGUGCAGACCUCUGGACUGGACCAGACUUCUCUCUCUCUUUUCUUUUUCUCCCCUCACCCCCACCCCGGAUAGGGCUUAGCCUCCUCCCAGUCCCCACCCCCUCACCUCCAUGCCUUCCUACCCGACACCCCACUGGAGGAGCUGACGUGGGCUUCACCAAAGUAAAGUCAACAUCUGCUGCUUUCCUGUGGAGUCUGGUGAUUCAGAGAGCCCGAUGGGGAGAGUCAACAGGAAGAAAGGAGGGAGGGGAAAAGCCACAAGAGACAUUCUGUGCGAGGCCAAGGAACAGAGGAGCCUUUAGACAGGCAGAUUGGCACCCCCCUGAAACCUGAGCCAGCCUAGAGCCUCCAACCCUCAGGUGCUGGGGGGGGCCGGGCUGCCCCCGGCUUCGCCCACUUCCCCCUUUCCAAGUGAAGCCUGGCUUGCCUCCGUGGUUUCUGGGGGCCAGGAGCCUCCAUGUGGCUGUUUCUGGGAUCGCCAAGCUCCCCACCGGCCAGGAUGCCAUGAGGGAAGCAGAACACAAAUGUCACAUUCCUGCCUGGCCACUUAUGGAGAUCGUCUCCUAAAAUCCAGGGUGGCAAUGGGAAGCUCAUUGGUGCUGGCGAGUCAUUCAGUACCCCGCUGCCCCAGAGGGCAGGGAGCACCAGUGGACUGAUUGGGGUCCGCCCCCCUUAGGGAGAAGUAGAAGUGGGUGGAGUGAAGUCACUAGGAAGCAAGCCCUCACUUGCUCUGGGAGGGUUGUUUGUGCAGCAGCAUAGUUUUCUCCUUGGGAAAUGUUUCCAGGGCACCCAGGCUACCCUCCCCCUAGUCCCCCAGCCGCACCUCAGAGGGCUCCUUUGUCAGAAGUAGUCUGCCGGCCAUUUCCUGAUCUCCACUAGGGAUUCCUAAACUUAUCUUUCAUUCCCUUUAUUCCCCUCAGAUUGUUUCCUCUUAGCCAUCUAUGGGGGUGGGAAAAAUAUAAGAGUGUUUGUAGCCAUAGCAUUUGUCCCAAAGCUUUUCCCUUGAGGGCAGUGGGGCUCCAGGUAUCUAAGUCAUCUUGAAAUGUCUUCAUCUACCCCUCUUGCCCCCAUUACCACCUCCUUCCUGCUUCCUCUGACCAUCCACGGUAGCACUGGAGAGGACCAUUAUCUUGGUCAAUAAUUCUGCUUCUCCAGCUGAUCUGGGCUAAAAAUCCAUCUCAGUGUCUAGGCAUCAUUUGGUUGAAG